GCAAAUGCCUGAGAGUUACUAUUUAUUGGGCCUGUGAAAGAUAAGAUAUGAUCCCUAGUACCCAGAGGGUACGAACCAUAACACUCAAAGAGAUAAGAGCCCUAACAACCAGAGGGAUAAGAGCCGUGGCACCCAAAAGAUAUAAAACUCUGGCAACCAGAUAACAGUCCUGGGUGCUAGGGCUUUUAUCCCUCUGGGGGCUAACCUAGAGGGAUAUGAGCCCUAGCAACCAGAGGGAUAUGAGCCCUAGCACCCAGAUGAUAAGAGCAGAGAUUUGUAGUCCAACAACAUCAUAAGCCUGAUAUCACACGGAGUGGUUCAGUCAUCUGCGAUAAACGCCUGCUAUUGUGGGUGACUAACCGCUCUGAAAUGCCUUUCCACCGGCAACAAUAGGAGUUGCUGGUGGAAAGGCCGUCACAUUGCUUUGAUAUUCUGAAGCCCCACAAAAUUUCCUCUUGCAGGCAAAUUCGCACGACUUUGGAAAACCAAAGCAAUGCGAAGGGCUCAUUUACUGGCAACUCCUAUUGUUGCCAGUGGAAAGGCAUUUUGGAGCCCCACUUCGUUGGACAUCAGCCUAAGAGCCAUUGUAUUCAUAUGGCUGCUGUAUUCUAAAGACAAACCCAAUUUUGACAAAAUAAUGAUAUUGAGGAGAAAUUAGGGAACAUCACUUAACCCCUUCACUGCGUUAGCAGCGGAAGUUGAGAAUACUAUAAAUAUGGAAAUUUAAAUGAUUUCUUUAAAUAUAAACGGGUAUGAAUAUUUGAUUUCAAAUGAGUGACCUUUUACUUUCCUCACCUGUCACUUCCCAAAUCCAUCUCAGCAGGUCCCAUUACCCCAUGUGUCGCCCCUGCCCCCACCAAUUCAGCUCAUUUAUACGCACACACCAUGCCCCUCCUUCCUUGCCUAAACCUAAGCAAAGGCAUGGAGGGGGGGAGGAUGUGUGAGUGUUCAGGCAGGGAGACAAUAUGAAGAUAGGAGCAGUGAUGGAAAGGGAAAGCUAGUGGGAGAGGCUUGGGCUAUGAGCAAAUUUCUCUCAUUGCCUAGGCUCCUCCCAUGAUGCUCUCUUGACAAGGGAUGAGGUAAUGCAUCAAGCAUCAGUCUGCAAUCCAGCAGCAGCAUCAGCACCAGUAGCAGCAGCAUCAUCUCUUCAGUGGAGUAACUUAGGAAUAUAGAAGUAAAGGGGAUAUCGGAGGGCAAGGAUUGGAUUGGGUUUUGUGCCAUUGGAUGGAGGAUACCUGGACUGACCAUGACAGAGAGAUGCAGUUUGUGGAGUGCCCUCUCAGCAGCUGCCUGCUGCUUCUACCGCGGCUCCUUCAUGCAGGUGCAGUUCUCCAAGGAGAAGUAUAUCCUGGACACCCCUCCUGAGAAACUACACAAAGAGCUCGAAGAAGAAUUAAAGCUCAACAGCUCUGACCUUCGCAGCCAUGCCUGGUACCAUGGACGCAUACCACGAGAGGUAUCUGAAAGCUUGGUCCAGAGAAAUGGGGACUUCUUGAUACGGGAUUCCCUCACCAGCCUGGGUGACUAUGUCCUGACCUGCCGAUGGAAGAAUGAACCUCUGCACUUUAAAAUCAACAAGGUGAUGGUGAAGACCAGUGACAGCUACACCAGAAUACAGUAUUUGUUUGAGCAGGAGAGCUUUGACAACAUCCCGGCCCUUGUACGCUUUUACGUGGGCAGCAGGAGGUCAGUGUCAGAGCAGAGCAGUGCCCUUAUCUACUGCCCAAUCAACCGUACAUACCCUCUGAGAUACCUGGAAGCCAGCUAUGGGCUAUCACCUGGAAGGCAGGGAGGAGCCCGCAGCCCACAAAAAGGUCACAUGAAGAGAAGGAGCAUUACCAUGACAGAUGGACUCACAGCAGACAAGAUCAACAAAAGCAAUGGUUGCCCAAACAGCGGUUCCUCUUCCCCCCAUCAUAGAGAUAUGAUCAGAAAUUGUGCUGUCAGUGUGGACCAAAUACAAGACCUGCACUCUCCAAUGUCUCCUAUUUCAGAGACCCCAGGGUCCCCUGCCUACAGCACUGUUGUCAGGGUAAAACCCCCACUAUCUGGUGCCACUCCAGGCUCCCCAGUGUUGAGACGAUCCAGUGAACCCUAUGUAUGCCCUGCAAACAACAAGGCUGCUUUAAAUAUGGCUGACAGUCAUCAUUCCAGUCCAAGUCACACACACCGAAACAUCUCCCCCUCACCCUCCAUCAACAGUUAUAGCGACCCAGACAAUGGGCACUACUGCCAGCUGCGGCCUGCCUCCCCUACACACGAUGCACUCAGCGUGUCCCUUCCACCCAAGAGCUACGUGGAAAGGUUAAGAGUCGAUGAGUGUGCCAUGGCAGGGGGCAUGCGUGGGGUGGAUGACGUGGACAGGGACCCAGGGUGCUUUAUCGUCCCCACUAUGGAAGCAAAAUCGUCUUUUAACCCAUCAAACUUUAAGUCAACGCUCAUCCCAUCAGACAACAAACCUCUAGAGAUGUCUAUCCUGAAAAAGGUUAAGGAGCUGUUUGCAGAAGUUGAUGCCAAAACCAUAGCAAAACACAUCACAAAAACAGACUGUGAGGUUGCCAGGAUUCUCUGUGUUACCAAAGAAAUGCAAAGGAUUAUGGGAGUAAGUUCAGGCAUGGAGCUAUUGACGCUGCCGCAUGGCCACCAACUGCGACUUGACCUACUAGAAAGGUUUCACACCAUGUCCAUCAUGAUUGCAGUAGACAUCUUGGGUUGCACGGGGAGCACAGAGGAGAGGGCUGCUCUCUUGCACAAGACUAUCCAGCUGGCAGCGGAGCUGAAGGGCACCAUGGGAAACAUGUUCAGUUUCGCUGCUGUGAUGAACGCACUGGAAAUGUCACAGAUCUCCCGCCUGGAGCAAACAUGGGUAGCCCUGAGGCAAAGGCACACGGAGGGGGCCAUCUUGUAUGAGAAGAAGCUGAAGCCAUUUUUGAAAAGCAUGAACGAGGGCAAAGAAAGCCUUCCUCUGAGCAACACCACCUUCCCACACAUCAUUCCCCUCAUCACCCUUCUGGAGCGAGACAACCCUCUGCUGGAUGGUGGGGACCCCUGGGACAGUUCUGAUAAUGGCGUAGAAGUGGUUAUGGCACACUUGGAGGCUGCCCGGAUGGUAGCACAUCAUGGAGGCCUUUACCAUACCAACGCAGAGAUGAGGUUACAAGGGUUCCAUCCCAGGUCCGAUCUCUUAGAAGUCUCAAGCACAGAAUUCCAGAUGCGGAUGCUGUGGGGAAGCCGGGGGGCCUUGGGCAGCCAGGUGGAGAGAUACAACAAAUUCGACAAGGUGCUGGCAGCUCUGUCACAUAAACUGGAGCCAUCAGUACGAUUCAGUGAAUUGUAAAACAUUCAGGACUUGUCGGAGAGAAAGGACAGGCAUGGAAGGGCCUUUGUCGACCCACAAGGUCAAAUAUCAGCACUUUUUUUUUAUAUAUACACAUCAUCUCUGCCAAAGGGCCAGUAACACACUGUGAAACAUUGCUGGGACCCCUUGGGUCAAAAGACUUAACUCAAAUUGGGUCUAUGUGACCAGUGGCAGACAUUGGAUGGUAAAUGGCUGCUGCACCCCCUGGAGAGGACGAUUAAUUGUCACUGCAGUAAGACAGAGUCCUUAUAUAGUGACCUCCAUCACUGCUUAUUCCAAAAACCAUAAAACGUACUGGUCAUAAAACAUAGGUGUAUAUGUCAAAUAGGCCUUUUCCCUAACUAACUUUCAAGCUGAGCCCCCCCUCCCGCCCCAAUUACAACAGUUUGGGAACUACUGAUCCACUGUGUUUGGAACUUUGAUGCACAAGUGCCAUCUUAGUGAUGAAACAGAAAAUAGCAUCCACAGCUGUCCAGUUGGCCAAUACAUCUCCUUCCAUUGACCACUGAAGAUAAAGCACAGGGCUGUCUCUAGUCAUAGAGCACAGGAGGCAAUUAUUCCUGCUUUCACCCCUAAAUACAGCUCUUAUUUGAAAUGACCAGUGUGUGAGUACUGGAUGCCCUAGAGCAGAACCUGACAUCCUAGGGCCAGUCACCCAACAGUUAGAUGCAGUGAGUGCCAAAUGGUAUAGAGAUUAUAUAUGCUUGUGUUAAUGGAACUGUAAUGCCACUUUACAGUCUGCAUCAAACGCAAAGGACCCAUUACAGCAAAUGAAGUUUGGAAUUCAUAGGUUGCAUAGGUAGCCAUGAAGGAAGGAGAGAAUCUUUCUCUAGGUGGCGCUCUUGCAGGGGCAUCACAAAUAAUUUGAGAAAGAGAAGACUUUGCCUGUGCUCCCUGGAAGUGGAGCAAUGGACUGGUCCAUACCAGGUGGCAGAAUGACAGCCCCAGUGGGGUAGAAAGGAGUAAGGGUAGCGGGGGGGGGGGGGUCAAAGAGUUAAACUUGUUUGCACAAAUGUACAUAUGUUUCCAGCCAUUCCAGAACUGAGGGCAUUAAACCCCCAAAUUGUCCCCAAGCAACUGUGAAUUUUUUUUAUUAUUAUGAAGGUGUUUAAUGUACAUAUAGUAUGGAUUAAAGAGCAACCUGUGCCACACACACAGCAAAAUCAGCUCAUUGCCAGAAUAUGAAAUAUUUUAACUCCUGGCUGCAGAAGGGCAAUGAUGCGCAUGUUGGAAAACAGCAUUGCAGGUGCCAUACUGUAACUGAAACCUGUGUGGCCUGUAAAUAAUUUAGUCUUAUUGUGUAUAUAGGCGCUGUACAGCAUCUCCAUGCCUCUAUUGUACAUUGCUGUGAUCUCGAUUUUUGUGUAAAUAAAGGGAUUAGGGAUUCCUGGAAAUUA